AUGGCCACCACAGCAGCUGCACCGUCGCUGCAACGGUUGGAUCCAAGUAUACCACACACUUUCAUGCGCCCGGUGAAAAAGAUCAAUGAUCACCAGGAUGUGGAAACAUUUUUAUCGUCUGUAGCGUACAGAGAUAUUAUGAUUUUUGUUUUGCAAUUAAACCGUUGCAUGUUUCCCUCUAAGGCGUCCAGUGAAAGCGGCUCUUCAAAUGUGGAGGUGUGGACACUGGACUCCGAUUCUGUUGACUUCUCGGAGCCCGUCCGUCGCCUACAGCUACUGUUAUCAAAAUUGGAGUCCCUUAUCGAUGAGGUGGCUCCAGAUACUGGACCUCGGCGAUUUGGGAAUAUCAGCUUUCGAAAAUGGUGUGAGGAGAUGGAAUCUCGUGCAGCUUCCAUCAUGGAUGAGUGUUUGCCACCAGAAAUUCUUCAGCAGAAAUCUGAGGAGGGAGAAACAGUAACGGCGAGAGAGGAGCUGAUGUCCUAUCUAACCGGUAGUUUCGGUAGCUCACAGAGGCUUGAUUAUGGAACGGGACACGAGCUUAGCUUUUUAGCCUUUCUCGCAUGUCUAUGGAAGCUAAAUGGGUUUGCCCAAGCAGAUCCUGGGGUAGAAGAGAGGGGUAUAGUUAUUGGGGUUAUUGAACCGUAUCUUCGGCUUAUUCGACGUCUAAUACUCACGUACACUUUAGAGCCUGCGGGCUCCCAUGGUGUGUGGGGCCUAGAUGACCAUUCAUUUAUUUCAUAUAUUUUAGGAUCGGCUCAAUUGUCCCCUCCCAUAGGUCCUACCGACCCAACUCCUACAGAGGGUUCCUUACCGAAUGCUCCAGCCACAAGCGAUGUAACCAAGUCAAACAUUGUUGAGAAAGAGCGAAAGUCAAAUAUGUACUUUUCAGCUAUUGGUUUUAUCUACGACGUUAAAAAGGGCCCGUUCUGGGAACAUAGCCCGAUGUUAUAUGAUAUCUCAGGAAUAAAAGAUGGCUGGGGAAAGAUUAAUAAGGUAAUGAAUCAAAUUUUGCCAGUCAUUCUAGGAACAGCGUGA